UUGAAAUAAAUGUUUUCAUUUCAGAUUUAAUUAUGGCGGACGGUGAAAGGACGAAGUUCAUUUUCAAUCGGUUCGUGGACGAGUAUUUGCAUAUUUAAAUUCAUGGAAAUCUUCAAAACCCCUGUGACCACAAGGGGGUAAAUACUUGGGGGAGGGUGAAGAAAGCUAUGGCGGAGAUUGCGGAGAACAGAAGUUCGGACACCGUCGUCAUGCCGGACAUUACCGAAGUAAUCAAAUCCGAAACUCUCACGGCGGCGGCCGAGCACGACGCCGAGCGAUCUGAUGGCAACUCUGUUUUGGCCAGUGGAAUCAAAGCAACAAGGCUUUCGAGCGAUACCAACGGUGUUGUUACCGUGCCUGUCACGUUGCCUGUGGGCACCCUGCUGACUGGGACGACUUUCAACGUGAUUACAUCUGACCAGCUGCCACAUUUCAAACCUAUGCUGUGUGUGGAUAACGGUUUCAUAACGGGGAGGCCCGUGACAGACGAAAUCAAGACUACCCAUAUUGUGAUACAGAAUCCUGCCGGGUCGCCGCCCGUGUCUGCGUCUAAUCACGAAGAUAAUGGUGCCCCAGCGGUGCCCGCGCGCAUCGCAACCCCGCGCUCCUGGGCGGAGACUGCCAACAUGCCCGUACUGCCAGUGCGGUGCAAAAAUACUUCAGCAGAGUUGCACAAACUGAAAUUCGGUUCUGGUGGUCGUGGGAGAUGUAUAAAGUACGGCGUGAACUGGUACACCCCUAGUGAGUUUGAAGCCAUAUGUGGAAGAGCAUCUAGUAAAGACUGGAAGAGAUCCAUUAGAUUCGGGGGAAGGAGUAUUCAGGCCCUAAUUGAUGAGGGUAUACUGACUCCACAUGCUACAAGUUGUACCUGCGGAGCCUGUUGCGACGAUCAAUCUGAUGCUGACCAAGCUAAAUCAACAUCCUCAGCCAUGGGCCCGAUACGUCUUUUCACACCGUACAAACGAAGAAGACGGACUAAUGCGGAUGGAGAUGAGAAGAAGCCUAAGAUUAAGAGAGAGAGGAGUAUUGGUGAGAGUGAGGUGGAUAACAUCCACCAGACCAGUAACAACAGCCACUCAAAGGAGGCCUGGCAGACGAUAGCUGAAGGGCUGGAAAGCAAUGCUGACUAUCAUUUGUUGGAGAAUACUGACGCUAAUCCUGAUCCUACAUCCGGCCUCCCAGACCUGGGGGGAGUGUUGAAACGGCUGGAAGACAUUAGCCAGGGGCUGGUCCGUCUGGCUGGGGAACUGAAGCAGUGUGUUGAGGAAGUGAAGAUAGUGAGUGCUAGACAAAUGGAUAGGAUGGAGCAGGAGCGCGCUACAGCGCUGCUGGCGGCCAGCGUGGACGCCCAGGUGGAGGCCGAGCAGGUCUCCCUCCACAAUGUAGACGAUACAGAGGCUAAGAAGUGCGCGAACUGCAACCGCGAAGCGUCCGCCGAGUGUUCCCUCUGCCGGCGCACCCCGUACUGCUCCACGUACUGCCAGAAGAAGGACUGGGCGUCCCACCAGAUCGAGUGCCUGCGCUCCGUGCCCGCCAUCCACGCCGACACGCAGCAGCAGUCGAUAAUGUUGAUUGUGGAGAGUCAACAUCAAUAGCGUACUGAACCCCUUUAUUACAAGAAGAGGUUACUAAUGAGAAGUUUGGCGGUGACGUAAUAGUUCCUCUCACAAAAAAGUGUCGUUUCAAACAAUCAGUAGUGUCAUCCGGCUUGUGUUUGCUUGAAUGGACGCUUUUUAGCGAGGGGAUGUCGAGAAUUGUGUAUAUCAGGGUUUCCCGAACCGUGGAUGCAUGGAACUGUUUUAAAUUUACAUAUAGACAUACAUAUGUUUUACAUCUAUGUUCAAUUUGGCAUAGUCUGCGCCGGCUACGAUCGCUUUGUGUGUAUAGAAAUUGUGAUGGAACAAUGAACGAAUAUAGUGACAGUCUGCGCUCGCUAGAGCCUUUAGAUUGUUUCGUUAACUGUAUGUAAGUACACGGUAUGUAAGUUGAGCAAAAAUGGCCACUGUCCGCCCGGGCUAUGUCCAAACUAAUUAAUAAAGAGGAAGAGGAAAGAUUUGUUUUUUUUUUCGUAUGUUUGUAACGGAUAAAUUAAAUAAAAUUAUAUUUACUGGACAUAGUUUGAUGGAAAUUUGGUACAGAUAUACAAUAGACCUUUAAGAGUGACAAAACAGAGUUACUUUGUUCCUGUUAUUUCCCACGGGAGCGAAUCCCCGCGCAAAUGCUAGUGACAAAUAAAAUUAUGAGUUUACUCGUAAACGUAAUAAAGAGCAACAUUUGUUCUAUGAAUUUCAAUAAUUUUGUAAUUUUAUACAGGGUUUCCCCGCGGUUUCGCCCGCUUUUAUAGCAAUUCCCGCUUUGUGACGCUGUUAAAUCAUUUUAACUCUAAAUUAAUAUAGAGUUAUGACAAAAUACGUAGAAUAAAUGUUGUCUAUCUAGCCCAGCAAGGAUGUUUAAUGUUUACUGUAUACAAAUAACCUUGUAUAACUACAUAUAUUCUUAAUACAAAUUGAACUAAAUGGCGACGGUCUGCGCAGGAUUUAGUCGAUUUUAUAAAUAGUGUUGAUAUCUAUUGCAUACAUACAUAUGGUCACGUCUAUAUCCCUUGUAGACAGAGCUAACAGUCUUGAAAAACCGAAAGGCCACCUUCAGCUGUUAGGCUUAAUGAUAGAAUUGAGAUUCAAAUAGUGACAGGUUGCUAGUCCAUCGCCUAAAUUAAGAAUCUCAAGUUAAUAAGCCUAUCCCUCAGGUUUUUGUUUUUACACGAAACUACUCCCGUCUGACCUCCGCAACCUUUGCAGGGGAACCUGACCCGUAUUGGAACCUCGAAAAUAUCUUACUGCUAUAUAUUGCUAUUGAUAGCAUGAACGUUUUUAUUGCUAUUUUAUCAAACGAUAAAUCAUUUGGUACAAUAGCAAUAGGCCCAUCUAUAUUGUGGUUGAUAUCAGAGGGUCUAGAUUCGACAGCUUUGUCAUAAAGAUUACAUUUACCGUCACCGCAUCUAGAUAGAAUUUAUCUAUGCAGAUAAUUGUAUGCCGUGCAAGAUUUAACAUCAUUCCAAUAGUUUCAAGCACUUCUAUUGUUGGGAGUUAUUCUGAUUUCUAUGUCUGUAAAUCUAAAUUACGCAUAGCUCAACUUAUGUGCCGUGUACUGCUAUUCUGCUCCGUUCUAAGAGUAGACCAGAUUUCGUCAAUCAAUGUGUUAGAUUAAAUAUCUGUUUAGAUUCAACGCGGGCUUUGGACUCAUUUGGUGGUUAUGAAAGAUGAUUGCAGCAAAAUAAUAAUAAUCAACUAUUUACUAUGUAAAUACUCUAUAAUAUUUAUAAUACAGUUAUUAAACGCGCACGUAACACACCUUUAUUUCAUCUCGGGCGUUUCGAAACAUGUUACAACAACGUCGCGCGUUUAAUACCUGUAUUAUUUAUAAAUGUAUUAAUUCAACGCUUUAAUGUGGAAAUUACGAUGUUCAAUUCACGUAAUGAUAGGCUUGAUUAACUGAUAAUUGUGGGUGAUUUGAAAUAAAAAGAUGCUAGUGAUUUCAAAGUCACCCUAUAUGUACCCUGAAUAAGUCCGAGGUGCGAAGCCAUUAUAAAUAAACUGAAUAUAAUAAUUAUUACAUCUCAUGUAGUGGUAUAAGAAUCCGUGUUUGGACUUACUGAUAGAAAUAUAGACAUAGAUCGCGAUAGAUACCGCAAGUGCGCGUAUUCGAAUGGACACAUUUUUGAAACUAUAAUUGUAAUAGUGUCGUUUAAAGACGUAUGCUAUUGAGCUUAUCUACCAAAUAGUCGUCAAAUAAGAUCUGUUCCUUUAAUAGUAGUGGAAAAAAAUAAGAUUCAUUCAAACGCAUUGGCGUCUAUGUGUCUGUUGCUCCAACAUGCCCGAACCAGUAUUAAAGACUUUGCUAAUUGGUAACAGUCGAGGUGUACUAUCGGAAAUUCCCGUAAGAUCUGGGAAAUUACUGCUAUUUAUAUGUAUCUGUGUUGUUUCAAAGUGGACAAUUUCGUUUAGAAACUAAGAUUACUAUUAUGUCAGUCGAAAUAAGAUCUUCAGUGUCUAUAAGAAGAUUACAUAAAACAAGAACUAUUGUAGGUAGUUAUGUAAUUUUUAAUUGUUUUGAUUGUUCAAAACAUCAAAUAUUAUCUAAGUGGCUUGGGUGUCAUGAAAACGAAAAGUUUAGGAAACGCUGGUGUAUAUAAUAAAAGUGAUUGGAUGAAUUGUUACCAAAAUUGGAAUAAGUAUAUUUAAGGCUUUUCUGCAAAUUAAAAUGUAUUUUUUUAAAGCAUGAUAGUUUAUUGUAUUCCUAAUAUAAUAAUGAUCGAUGCGGCGGUAUGUGUAUUAUGAAAAUAAUUAUUAGUAUUAAAUAAAAUAGAGAUCAUUAAAAAAUUAAAGGGGCAUUUUGUGAAGGUCUCCUCAACCCUGUAAAUUCAUGGGCAGGAAUAUUUGCCACAUGUUAGAAGUUCCAACUAUCAAAUUGCUGUAAUGAUAAAUUAUUGUCAAUAAUUAUGGUAAUAAUCGAAAUAUAUUAUGUAAGUACAUAUUUUCAUACCAUAUUGUUGGGAUAGUACUUAUAUUGAUUGUUUAGCAUCGAGAAUGUAAAAUAAGUAGGAAUAUUGUAUUCAAAUGAACAAAUGAAUUUUAACGUCUUGUAAAUAUCAAAAUCUAUCUAAAAUGCGUUAACUUGGGUGUUGGAGCAGUUGCUUCAAUGUUUAUAUAUAAACUAGCGACCCGCCCCGGCUUCGCACGGGUGCAAAAUUCGGAAAAAAUUAUACAUAAAAACCUUCCUCUUGAAUCACUACCUGUUACAAAAAACCGCAUCAAAAUCCGUUGCGUAAUUUUAAAGAUUUAAGCAUACAGACAAACAGACUAAAAUAGCGACUUUGUUUUAUACUAUGUAGUGAUAUAUUACCUGGCUUCUAACUCUUGUAAUAUGAUCAUAGCUUAUCUUCUGGUUAUAGACGUGACCGGGAUAAAACUAUAGCAUAAACUAUGUUCAUUUAAAUGUCUAAAAUGUGACAUUGUACAGUUUUCACAGAUAUUUUGUAUCAUCUAUUAAUUAAUUUUGAGGAUCUCAUAUUGAGAAAUUUGUUCCUAUUGUGAUUGGUUUCUGGGAGUUAAUGAAUUAUAUUGAUUUUUUUUUUUAUUUUAAUUUUUAUUAAAGUUUUAUUACACAAAAAAAAAACAACUAAAAGGCAGACUUAAUGCUGUUUGGCAUUUUCUACCAGCUGUACUAAUUCUUUUAAACAUUUAUACUGAAAAUUAGGCCUCCUUCCCCUACCCCGGAUGGGUAGGCAGAUACUACAUAGUAAUUACUUAAAAUUAUACAAUAAGUCAUAUAUAUGGUAGUUAAAAAGAUUGCAUAAAAUAUAUAUUCGAUUAGGUCAAAUGUAUAUUUUUUUACAUUCUCGUUGUCAAAAAAGUAGAUUGAUGUGAGAUAUUGCUGUUUUAAAAUAAGUUACAGCCCUUAAUGGUUUUUGAUAAAUUCAAUGUCAGUGUUUUAUCAGUAACAAUAAGAGGUAAGCUCACUUACUACAGUUGAAACUGUGCUCAACAAAUAAAAAAACCGUGUGAAACGGUGUAACUAAAUAUGACCGUAAUCAGUGUGGAAAGUUCCGGUAAUAUAUUGUGUACCCGUUGGUACGUUUGUGGGUUAAAAAAAACUAAAUGUUGCGAAUAAACAUUGUUAUCUAAAAUUUAAUAACAAUGUUUAUUCGCAAUAAGAAUAAACAUUGUUAUCUAAACUGAAAACAAAAGCCCAGUGUGUGUAUAAUAAUUGUAGUAUUUCAUUGAUUACAGUUCGAUUUAGUAUAAUUGUUUUAUAAUUCUUUAGACGUGGGCAAAGGUUUCAUUUUGAAGAUAAAGGGUUUCACACACGGCAGCUAUAAUGUAGCUAUAUAUAUUUUUGGAUAUAUACAGCGAUAUGAAAUUUUAUAUUUCGAUACAUCUAUACACUUUGCGACAAGGAUGUGCCUGUCUAAAGUUGAGAAAGUUACAAUACAAUAUUAGUUGUAUUUGUGGAACUUUCAGAUAAUUUGAAGCUAUAUUGAUAGCCGCCGUAUGCGAAGCCCUUAUUAGACAUAAGCUGUUUGAAAUAUCAUGUUCAUUGUCCAUGCUGUUGGUGUUGAAAGUGGCAUUGGAAGUUAUUUAAUUCAAUGCAUGUAUUCUAGCAAAAUGUAAAUAAUUACUUAGAAAAAUAUUAGUUACUUAAAUAAUAUGAAGAAAAAGAUUGUGUGAUAGAUUUCGCUAAUAUUUGCGACUGUGCAAAUGAAAUGUUUACAAAUUUAUUAUUAAUCCGACAAAAUAUAAUUUUUAAGGCCCGAGCACAUCUAAAACGGGUUAGAAGCAGCGCAUUGCGCUCGCGGAUGCGGGCCGGCGCCAGGUUCUAAUACAAGAAACUCUGCAAGGACGUCACACUGCGGCGCAGCGGCUAAACAGAUUGGAUGCGCCCGCGCAUCAAUUUGAUGUGGCGAGUUCGAAGAGUUCAUUUAUUCACUCAUUAAAAUAGUCACGUCAAUAUCCCUUGUGGGGUAUACUGAGCCAACAGUCUAGAAAAGACUGAUAAGCCAUGUUUAGCUGUUUGGCUUAGUGAUGGAAUUGAGUUUCGAAUAGUGACAGGUUGCUAGCCCAUCGCCUAAAGAAGAGACCCAAAUUUAUAAGACUAUCCCUUAGUCGCCUUAAAGAUGAAUCGAGGAGAUUCUUAGUUUAAAACUUUUGCUCGCUUUCGGUGUGCUCUGGCCUUAAAGAUAUUAGAUUAAUGAAGUUGUUUAUUGCCAAAUAUUUGUUUUAUAGCGGCCUGGUGUUGCGUACUUUUAAUUUUCUAUUAUUCUAUAAGGUUGAUUGAAGCUAUUAGUGUAGCUUGUCAAACGAAUCAAUGCAUUUGCAUCUAUCGUAUAAACAAAUAUAUUAAAGACGGCAGCAAUAUUGGAAUAGGAUACCUACAAUAAAAUGAUGUAAAAUUUUAACCAAUUACUCUAAGGCAACAAAAUAUUUGUACAAAUAUUUUUUCAGAAUUGACGCGAGAUUAACUAAAUUAUGUUGGUAUGUUGUCCUGUAAGUGUAUAUAAUUUGGUACACUACAUUGUCUGAUACAGUGGGCCACGAAAAAAGUAUCGUAGUAUAUACAAGACACAUAUUAUUGGCAUAUUUUUAUCUCAAAAUCUUCUAACGCUGAGCAAAAACUACUUAUUUGAUGCACUAGUCGCCAGUAACUCCAUGUUAUCGUGCGCAUACGUCGAAUACAGAUUAUACAGAAGUUGAAAAAUAACGGAAAUCAAACCUGAAUGGCAUAGUUUUGCUUUAUGGCCCAUUGUACAAACACCAACCCAUUAAGUGCUACAAUUAAAAUUAUAGCAAACAUUAAGUUGAUGUGCUGUUGUAUGUACUCAUACACAAAAGAGAGCCAAUUAGGUACUUUAUCGAUUCAUGUUUUUAUUUUUUAUAUAUUUUUAAGUUAUACGUAUUGUGGGAAUUGAAUGGGUAUUCCAUUAUGUAUUUUUUAAAACCAGAGCCGGUUAAACCUUGUUUUGAGGAGUCUGAAAAGUAAAAUAGUCAUAUAGUUGUAUGAAAGGAUUUUAUUGGUAUUUGUAAAGCAUGUGAAAUAAAUUGUUCAACGUUGUUCUGA